UUCGCUGUAUUACCGACAGGCCGUGAAGGCAGCAGCGGCACAGACGUGGCCGUCGUGCAGCUGCUGCUUUCAAGUGGCGCAGUGUCCCGUCUGGAGGCAGAGAGGGCGAAGUUUCUCACUCUGCAUUGCAGCCUGAGCGCUGCUGCCGGAAUCCAAGACAACAAUGGCGACUCCCAGUCCUGACAGCAACUCCACAAGCUCCAGCAACAGCAUUGUAGGAUCAACGUCGCACCAUUUUCACCAGCAGACACAGAGCAGCAGCAUGCAAGAAACCAACACCUGCUGGAGAUGUCAAAAUGAAACAGGGUUUCAGAUAAGCCUGUCUGGAGUGUCCCAAAGUAAACGUAAAGCCCUGAAGCUGAAUUUCGCCAACCCUCCAGUGAAACCAGCCUCCAGGCUCCCACUCAAUCCAACGCCUCCCUCUUUCCAGAACCCUCACAUAGAGCGUCUGCGGACGCACAGCAUCGAGUCGUCGGGGAAGCUGAAGAUCUCUCCGGAGCAGCAUUGUGACUUCACAGCGGAGGAUCUGAGAGACCUCGGGGAGAUUGGUCGAGGGGCGUAUGGCUCCGUCAACAAGAUGGUCCACAAACCCACGGGCCAGAUCAUGGCUGUCAAGAGGAUUCGCUCCACUGUGGAUGAGAAGGAGCAGAAGCAGCUGCUGAUGGAUCUUGACGUGGUGAUGAGGAGUAGUGACUGUCCCUACAUUGUUCAGUUCUACGGCGCUCUCUUCAGAGAGGGGGACUGUUGGAUUUGUAUGGAACUUAUGUCUACCUCAUUAGACAAAUUCUACAAAUAUGUAUAUUGUGCAUUAGAUGACGUCAUUCCAGAGGAAAUAUUAGGCAAAAUAACAUUAGCGACCGUUAAAGCACUGAACCACUUAAAAGAAAACUUGAAAAUAAUUCACAGAGACAUCAAACCUUCCAACAUUCUAAUGGACCGAAGGGGUAAUAUCAAGCUGUGUGAUUUCGGCAUCAGCGGUCAGCUGGUGGACUCCAUAGCCAAGACCAGAGAUGCAGGCUGCAGGCCUUACAUGGCGCCUGAAAGGAUAGACCCCAGUGCUUCCAGACAAGGCUAUGAUGUCCGGUCUGAUGUGUGGAGCUUGGGAAUCACCCUGUACGAGCUGGCCACAGGAAGGUUUCCUUACCCCAAGUGGAAUAGUGUUUUUGAUCAGCUGACACAAGUGGUGAAAGGUGAGCCUCCCCAGCUCAGCAACUCAGAGGAGAGGCAGUUCUCCCCCAAGUUCAUCAACUUUGUUAACCUAUGCCUUACAAAGGAUGAAUCAAAAAGGCCAAAGUACAAGGAGCUCCUGAAACAUCCCUUCAUUCUGAUGUAUGAAGAGCGCUUCGUGGACGUCGCAAGUUACGUAUGUCGCAUCCUGGAUCAGAUCCCUGCCUCUCCCGUCUCCCCAAUGUAUGUGGACUGAUGGAGUUAGACUGGGGGGGGGGGUCACCCAAUAUGCAGUGAGUGGGACACUCGGCUUCGUGAUGCGACGCUUGACAUCUUAGCCCUCAGAGUUACGUAGGAUCACCUGUUUAUUCACACGUUCCAAAGAACAAAGGAACUAAGUCCAAAUUGCCCGGUGCAAUGAGAUGAGUGUUGUUGAGCAAACCCUUCCACCUCCCAUCACCUCAUUUUACAGUCAGUGAAAUCUAAACUAUUAUCAGCCAUCUUCAGCCAGAAAAACUUGAAGAUAUAACAUUGUCUUGUAAAAUGCAAUGCAUCUUCUUAUGUGAGGAAAAAGGAACACACACACACACACACACACACUUGAACUUGUACACAAAUACAGAAUCUACCAAAUAAACAGUGACACUCAUGACGUAUGAACAAAAAUAGCCACCUAUUGGAUUGUACAUUAUGGACUGUAUGUAUGUAUGCAUGUGUGUGUUCACUUCUGAAUUGUUGACAUGUAUAGACUUACUGUCUAAACACACACACACACACACACUCUUUUCAUGCAGUUUGUUGUGGGCACCUUCACUCAUGGUAAAUGAAUGAGUAUGCAAAAGUCUUUCUCGCUGGAAGGCUCAUUGAUUCGGUAGCGUGGCUUUACUUCUGUUUUUUUUUCUUUUUUUUCUUUUUCCAUAUGCAAUCUGUGAGAGUUUGUCUUGACACGUUUCUCACAUCCAGUGUUAGCCCCAGUUUGUACCUUUCAUAUAUUAACAUUACAUCAGAGUCACAGUCACAGAGCUAAGCAUCUGGUUUUCUAAAAUAUAAUCUAUAUAAAAUAAAAAUAUAAAUUAAUUUAAUUAGUUUAUUUAUAUAGUUUUGAAGCCUCUUCUGUCCAUCUGUAUCAAACAACAUUUUGUCCACUGCACAGUAAAAAACAAAAAAAGGUAACCCGUUUACCGGUAGACUGUUUCCUAAUCCCAAAAUAACACGGUAUCUGGAAACGGAGGGUUUGAUAGUAUUUUAUUGAACUGGAAUGCGGUUCGAAUGAUCUAAUAAAGUUUUGCUUUCAACAUUUGCAAGUAACUAAAGUUAUAAAUAACUAAACUAGCAUUUCAUGUCAUUUGUUGGCUGAGAAAGCAAGAUAUUUGGCUUUAGUACAGGCAUUUGCAGAAAGAACAUUAACCAGAUAUGAGCCAAAAGUUUCAUUUUAGCCGUUACAGAAUUAGCAUCAAGUAGCUACAGCUGAUUUAAUCUGUUGUUGGUGAUGUUUGUCAUCUUAACCAGUGAAAGUGACGAUAAGCGCGGCUAAAAAGGAGAAACUUGCUACCUAAAUGUUUUCUAUAUUACUCUUUGCUAAUAAAAAAGACGAAGAUGGUUUCGAUAAAAGAUUCGCUAGCAUUGGAGUUUAGCUAAUCAGGAUAGGACCCCAACCUUACAGAAAUGACAUAUCAACUUGCUCAUUUUGUACGGCAAAAGAAUAUAAACAUGUUAUGUAUGAAAAUAAAAAAAUAAUGGCAAAUUACAUUCAUAUAUACAAAUAUACCUAAUGCUAAAACAUUUUAAUUUUGGUUUACAUUGCAAAAAGUAAGCAAGGAGAUAUGGAAUUUCCAGCUAUCAUUAGCAUCUUUGUUUGGAUUAGGAAAUGAAGUCGCAACUUGGGAAGCAGGUUAAAAAUCUUUUUUAUAUUACGGACAGAAUAAUUUUGAUCCAGAUGGACAGAAGAGUCUGUGAAUAUUCUAGAAGUGUUGUUAAGCAACCUUCUGGGUUUUUCAGAGAUCAUCAGCGGUCAGAAAAAUGGAUGCUUAGCUCUGUGACUGUGAGGGAGGCACAAACUGGGGCUAAUCCAACGCUACAUUGCCUGAUGUAAAGUUACUUUGGGAGAUUAUGUCCACUGAUGUAAAUGUAUGUAUAUAGUACAUCUAAUCUGCUGUUCCUGACAGGUUCUGGUUGACAGUUUAGGCUCAUUCCUAAACACAGAGAUGAUCAAAUCAAAGAGUGAGGAGAUUUGGGUGCCGGUUGCAGAAUGAAAGUGUCUGUAUGUUUCAGUUUGAGAAUGAGCCGUAAAGUUCCUCAGCCUCCUGUCAUAGCACUGUACAGUUAAACUCCUCAUCCACACUGAUCACAGAUCCACCAUGCUGCCAUACAAAGGCAAACAGUAGUAACUACAUUUUUUUUUUAAAAGUCCUGGCAAGGGUUUCCUGUUGAGAAAAAUGACACCCAUAAAUGCUGCUAAAUGACAUAAUGUCCACAUCUGUACCAACCACACAACUGUCAGGAGAGGAGGAAGAUCACUCCUCCCAUAGUUACUGCUAUUUGACCCUUAAGGUCACCAUGGACUCAGCAUGUUCCUCCGUGACUCGGCAUGUCUCUCUGGCUUGCACUGAUGAUAGAAUGUUUCCCACGCCAAACCAUGUAUUACACGGGAUGCGUCUCCAUAGUCUGAAACGCGUUCCCUCACCAGUCUUCCUCCACCGGCACUGAUAUACUACAGUUUACCAUACCAGGGCAGGUGAAGGGGAGCCACUUUGCAACUUUGAGACUAUUGAGAUCCACCCGCCGUCAUUUCCUCUCAGAAAGCCAUGUGUACCAGGCGGUAGUUGGUGGACAAACAUCACACAACUUGGAGUUAGCUAUUUAACCAAACUGUCUGUAUGGAUGGUGGUCCUUCAAGACUAGGACGCUGUAGAGAUUUGUAAUUUAAUCAAAAAUUACUUUAAAGGAUAAGGAUGGCAUUGUGUAUAUUUUCUUUUUUGUCAACAAAUCCCAAUAAUAUAACAUUGAAUAUUGCCAGCCUUAUCCUUUAACCUAGCAAAUACUAAUAAUGUAAAGUAAUUUAAUGUAACAUAGCCUAUACGGUAAUAAGCCAAGAGUAUAAAGUAACUUAAGUCAACAGUUGACUUUGUUACAUGAUACAAGAUCAGUUGGGUGAUAUUUUAUCUAUUGGAGUAUUACUAUUUUUGUUACUCUUUUAGCUUAAUGUGAAAAUACAUUUUUAGACUGUUUUCGACACUGAUCGACAUUGUCACAGUUCAAGUUUUUAUUGGGGUUUUUUCCCACUGUACACUUUAUUACAUUUAGUUUCAUUACAUUAAAGGAAUUGCCGUACUUAAAGGGCCACUCCAGCGAUUUUAGUAUUGUACUUUCAUAAAGUUGGGAGUCUUGGAAGAGACACAUUAAAAAAAGAAUGGUCAAAAUUGAUGUAGCAGAAGCCGAGAUAUCCUGACUUUUAGUCCUUCAUUUGGGGAAAGCUCCAAAACCAAAAGGAAUGACCCUGAUGACGUCAUCAGGUUAUUUUCUCAGACUUGACAAAGCUCCUCCAGAGCCACCGAAGACAUUAUACCACUGUUUUCAGGGGCUGAAUAGUACUCCUGAUGACUAGUAAAUUGACAUAUGUAAAAAUCGCUGGUGUUUCCCUUCACAUUUUAUUUAAAAUUAUAUGACAUAGUCCUCUACAGAUGUCAGCCAGGUUGGAAAAUGGCCACCAUCAUCGGGAUGUGUCGGGGAGUUUUGGGUCACUCAUUAAAAACAGACUUGUUUGAAUACUUGUGGCUUAUUUGGAAGGGGAUAAAACAUUACAACCAAGUUGGUGGAGAUGCAGUGUAGACCAGACAUGAGUCUCUCUAUAGUUCAAAUGGAGAAUUCUGUCAGCUCUGUUCUUCCAUUUCUAUCUGUAAUGCAAAAUGGUGCAAACCCCUGAGAAAGCCCACAGUCUCAUUUGACCGACAGACGGAGCUGUUUCACUGCAAACAGUCUUCAGAUCUGAUGGGAUACAUUUCCAGGAAGCUAACUUACCACUGGGGAAUAUGAAUCUCCAGGGUACAUGUUGUAUAAAUUGCAAUUUACUAGAAUGUUCAUAUUAGAUUAUAAAAUAAUAUUAAGGGCGAUGAAUAUUAUAUUGUAUCUUUAUCGAGGGUUACAAAUAAAGUUCCCAUGGAAAAGAUUAAAAACCUGUAUUGUGUGCUUCUUGUGAAUUGGACAUGAAUAAAAAAGUAACUGUAGCAAUGA